AUGAAGUCUGGUGAAGAUAAGAACUUUGACUUAAAAAGAGAGAAUUACUCUUGUCUUCUGCGAUUCUUGUCUAUGUCUCAACAAUGGCUUCUUGGUGGAUAACGAAGUAUAACAGAGCGUCUCAACAGGAUCAUUUCCACCCUCAUUACAUACAAGACAAGAAGAAAACAAUCAGAGACAAACCCUGGAGUUUUGAUGAAUCUAUUCUGCUACCUCAACCUUGUCAAAAUUCAAAGCUUUCUUCCGUUUCCAUUAAAGGGUGUUCUGUGUUGUCGGAUUCUGAUUUCGAAGUAGCAAAUAAGAGUUGUUCUGAGAAGAAAGCUUAUCCUCUGCCUCGGCCUUCUGGUUCCUGCAAGCUAUCAAUGCAACUGGAUCGCGAAACAGUCUCGGUUUCUAGUCAAAGCUCAUCAGGUUCCUCUUCUGAUUAUGGGGAUUUUGGUUUUUUCAGGGCUGUUGAAGAAAGCAAGAGCAAUGCAGGGUCAACAGGUUCAAGUCCUGGAUCAAAAGCUUCUUGUGUCCAACACCAAGUGGAGUCUCCAAAUACAAAGAAUGAAAACAUGAGGCAUCCAUGCCAUCCCCUUCCUCUGCCUCCCAUUACACCUAUACAAAGCUCAAAAUGGAAGAAGGGUAAGCUUCUAGGAAGAGGGACAUUUGGCCAUGUCUAUGCUGGAUUCAACAGUGAAAGUGGACAGAUGUGUGCGAUAAAGGAAGUCACCAUAGCUCUUGAUGAUAAGUCCUCAAAAGAAUGUCUCAAGCAACUGAACCAGGAAAUCUUAUUGCUUAGUGAACUGCAACAUCCCAAUAUAGUUCAAUACUAUGGAAGCAAGCUGGAUGAAGAUAAACUGUCAGUGUAUUUGGAGUAUGUCUCUGGGGGUUCAAUCCACAAACUCCUCAGUGAAUAUGGUCCCUUUGAGGAACCCGUUAUUCGGAGUUAUACCAGACAAAUUAUUUCAGGCAUAGCUUACUUGCAUGGAAGGAAUACUGUGCACAGAGACAUCAAAGGGGCCAACAUUCUGGUAGAUCCCAAUGGUGAAAUUAAGCUUGCAGACUUUGGAAUGGCUAAAAAUAUAAGUUGGUGUUCUUCAGGGAUAUCUUUUAAAGGAAGUCCUUAUUGGAUGGCACCUGAGGUUAUUAUGAAUACAAAUGGCAACAGUGCUCUAGCUGUUGAUAUCUGGAGCUUAGGCUGCACAGUUGUUGAAAUGGCAACAUCCAAGCCUCCAUGGAACCAAUUCGAAGGGGUCGCUGCAAUAUUUAGAAUUGCAAACAGCAAAGAAUAUCCUGAAAUCCCGAGUUAUCUUUCUGAAAAUGCCCAGAAUUUCAUAAAACUCUGCCUGCAGAGAGACCCAUCCGUACGCCCUACAGCUCCACAGCUGCUACAGCACCCUUUUAUCCAACAGCAAGACAACCAGCCUCCUCUACAUUACGGAUAAAGAAUUUGGUUACAGUGUUUCAAAUUUCCAAGCAGACAACUCCAUGAGUUUAUUACUGCAAAACCAGAAUCCUCACACAAGAUAAAGAUCAUCACAAGACGAGAUCACCAAGAGCCUCAUUGUCAUCUAUGUUCAGCAUGUUUAGAGAAAAACUGGAGAUUCCAGUUUAUGAAAACAUCAACCAUGUCUCUUUGCUGUCGAACAAUGCAAAACUGUAAUUGCCUGUUCCUGGAAGUGUGAGAAAACCCAAAGAGCAAGGCAAUUCGGGGCAUGCCAAGAAAGAAAGAAAGAAUCUUGGAGCUGCAACUGAUGGGAAACUUGUUCCUAAGCUAAUGAAUUUUCUGGAUGGGAUUGAAAGAGGAUGAGGGCAAGAUUGUUUCUGCACUAGAAUCAGAAGCAAUGAAGAAUUCUCAGUGACUUAUAAAAGAAUGUAAGAGCUUGCAUUAAGCUCACCUCGGCAGACAAAGCCCGGAUCUAUGACUUGUAAAUUAAGAGAGAAUAAAAUGCACAGGAAGUGUGAUAAAUAGUGGUAUGGGAUGUAGUGAAGGUUUAAAAGCAUUUUUCACCGGUUUUGUUAACAUAACUUCAUCUUUCAAUCAAGCUAUCCCUUUUGCUCUCACCCCAGUUUAUGAUCUUCUCAGCUAAAUCCAUGGCAAAGGCGGAGAUUGUUUUUAAGAUGCCAGAAGCUAAUUCAACUUUGAAUUUGGAAGAUAUUCAAAGACUUGUAACUUGGGUGCUUGCUGAAGGAUUCAUGCCUUCUUGGGUUUUUAUUAAGGUGAAUGACAUUCCUCUUUAUUCGUUACUCCUU